AAGACGCAUUUCCGUUUCCGGUGUAAACAAGCGGGUUUAACGGGGAAAUCAAAAACUGUUGUUGUAUUGGCGAUUGUUUCUUACCGGUUCAAAUGUUUUCGAACAUAAUGCCUGAAGUGCGAAGUGAAGACAGCGUGGUUCGCUACUACUGCACUGCUGGCAAUGGCAUGGAGCCGAUUUUAGUCGACGAGGUGAAGAGAAAGCUGUCUGCUCAAGACGUUUAUCAAAUUCCUGGAAAGGUGUUGUUCAGCUCCUCUGCAACAAUCCACAGAGUCUGUGACCUAAAAGCUGCAGAGAGACUUUUCCUUCUGUUGAAGCAAGACUCUCCUGUGAGGAUCUCCACACACACCAGUCCAGCUAAAACUGCGUCUGUGCUGCAGUCCAGACUGUUGGGUGACAGGUGUCAGUGGAUCAGUGCUGUAAGGACAUGGAGUCGCCUGCAGGGGGAGCUGGCAGCAAGCAGAAACGCAGUCACAGCAAGCACUACCCAGAGGAACAGAGAGAAGGGGAGAGGGUGUGAAAAGCAAAGUGGUGAGGGGGAGAAGUGUCUCCAAGAGUCCAGGAAACGCAGACAUGAGUUUACGUCUGAGGAGAGCGAUGAGAAGAGACGGAGAGGUAAAGAAGAGAACGCAAGACUUUCACCGGACCUGGAAAAAGCGGAUGAUGUCAGUGAACCGACAAAGGUGUGUGCUGAUUAUUCAAAAAUCAAACUGGAGCAAAAUGUGGAAAGCUGCAGCAAGAACACGGAUGACUUGGGAAAAGACGCUCCUCUGGGAAGCGUGGAGAAUGUUUCUUUUAGGAUUAACUGUAAAUGCAGUGGAAAGCUGCAUAGAUGCAUCAGUGCACAGGAGGUUAGCAGAGUGAUGGGGAUGGGUCUGAGUCGUCUGCUUGGAUGGAAGGCUGACCUGAAGAACCCUAAGCUGGAGAUAAACGUCUAUCUGAAUGAUGAUUACUGCCUGCUGGGAAUUCCACUGACCAGGCUUCCUCUGGCUAACCGGAGUUACCUUAAAACCGCGGGGCUGAGGUCUACUGUAGCCUGGGCCAUGGCUUCGCUGGCUCACAUAGAGCCAGGUUCCUGUGUAGUCGAUCCAAUGUGUGGAGUGGGAACCAUCUUAAUUGAAGCUGCAAAAGAGCACAUGUCUGCCUGUUUCUUGGGUGUGGAUAUUGAUGAUGGCCAGCUACAGAAGGCGGAUGAGAAUGUGGUAUUUGCAGAGCUUCAAAGCAGAGUACACCUUCUGAAAGCGUCGUCCACGGCAUUGCCUCUGCCCAGUGCCAGUGUUGACGCCGUUGUUUGUGAUUUGCCAUUCGGCAGGAAGUUUAGCACCAGAACAAAUAUGGCUGAGAACCUUCCGGUCAUCCUCAGUGAGAUGGAGAGAGUACUCCGUGUUGGUGGGACCCUGGUGGUGCUCCUGAGUCCUCAGCUGUCUUGCCUCCUGAAGAAACUUCUAUCGCAAACAAACUGUGGUCCAAAAUUCAACGAGGAAGCAGAGCCACAAACCGGGAUAAAAAGCUGCCUCGUUUCAUCCUCAGAGCAGCACAAUUUGCAAAUCACAUCCUCAUCCUCCCAGGAAGCUUCAACUUUUUCAUCUCUGAGACACCAAGCAACCCUCAGAGUUAGCUUAGGGGUGAUAGACGGACUCAUCCACAAAUAUAUCAAAACACUUGCUUAGUAUUGAUGGAAAUUACAUUUGGAAUAUUUCAAUGUCCUGUGUCAUAUCAUGGCAAAAUGUGCUCUUGUUGAAAUGCUGCGUUUGUGUAUUGUGGAUGUAUAAAUAAAAGUUACUACUUGUCUAAA